UUUUGGCUUUCCCCCCCCCGCGCUCCGCAGGCGCCAGGCGGGGGCCGCGGCCCGCGGUGGCGGCGAUGGGCGCGGUGGCGGUGAAGGCGGGCGGGCGCUCCGCGGGGCGCUGAGCGGGCGCUGGAACGGGAGCGGGGACGCGCCAUGGCCGCCAAGGACAACCCCUGCAGGAAGUUUCAGGCCAACAUCUUCAACAAGAGCAAGUGCCAGAACUGCUUCAAGCCCCGCGAGUCCCACCUGCUCAACGACGAGGACCUUAACCAGGCCAAACCCAUUUAUGGUGGCUGGCUGCUGCUGGCCCCGGAAGGAACGGACUUUGACAACCCCGUCCAUCGCUCCCGGAAAUGGCAGCGUCGGUUCUUCAUCCUCUACGAGCACGGGCUGCUGCGCUACGCCCUCGACGAGAUGCCGACAACCCUCCCGCAGGGCACCAUCAACAUGAACCAGUGCACGGAUGUGGUGGAUGGGGAGAGCCGGACAGGGCAGAAAUUCUCCUUGUGCAUCCUGACGCCGGAGAAGGAGCACUUCAUCCGGGCUGAGAACAAGGAGAUCAUCAGUGGGUGGCUGGAGAUGCUGAUAGUCUAUCCAAGGACGAACAAGCAGAAUCAGAAGAAGAAGAGGAAGGUAGAGCCCCCAACUCCCCAGGAGCCCGGUCCUGCUAAGAUGGCCGUGACCAGCAGCAACAUCCCCAGUGCGGAGAAGGUGCCUGCCACCAAGUCCACACUUUGGCAGGAAGAAAUGAGGGGCAAAGACCAAGCGGACGGGGGCAGUGGCAUCAGCCCAGCGCAGAGCCCAGUUCAAGGCCAGGCUGGGGCUACCAGCUCCCUGAAGGAUCCCAUGCUGGACAGCAAGGAAGACGAGAGCUCCAUGAACGGAGACCGGAUAGACUGUGGGCGGAAGACGCGUGUCGAGAGCGGGUACUUUUCCUUGGAGAAGACCAAGCAAGACUCGAAGCUGGAAGAGCAGCAGCUGCCGCCCCCUCCGAGCCCACCCAGUCCCAGCACCCCAAACAACAGGUACAGUUAUCCCAAAUCGCCCUCGCAGGAGCAUGCCCAGCCCUUUCCUUCCCCAGGUACCCGAUCAGGCGACCGAAUGAUUCACAGCUUCUCUCUGAACUCCUUGGACUCGAAGAGCAGUUGCCCCAUGCACAAGGACUCCAGCAGCAGAGAUGUAGGAAAGGGAGCUGAAAAAUCGGGGCGUCCCCUUUCUUUUAAAGCCAGCCGGCAGUACACCACCCUGGCCGACGUUCCCAAGGCCAUUAGGAUCAGUAAUCGUGAGGCCUUCCAGGUGGAGAGGAAGCGGCUAGAGCGGAGAACCCGGGCCCGUAGCCCUGGGAGAGAAGAAGUGGCCCGGCUCUUUGGCAGUGAGAGAAGGCGAUCCCAGGUAAUUGAAAAAUUUGAGGCAUUAGAUAUUGAGAACGCGGAGCACAUGGAAACGAAUGUGUCGGCUGGUGCUGCCCUUUCCAGUGAGACGCGGCAGGGCAGGAGCGAGAAGAGGGUUUUCCCACGGAAACGGGACUUCACUUGCGAAGGUGCCGCUGUGGGCUCCAUCCUGGAUGUGUCUGCGUCUCCUCUGUCCCCGCAUCGCCGGGCAAAGUCGCUGGACAGAAGGUCCACAGAGUCCUCUAUGACGCCCGACCUGCUGAACUUCAAGAAGGGCUGGUUGACAAAGCAGUAUGAGGACGGGCAGUGGAAGAAGCACUGGUUUGUGCUGACCGACCAGAGCCUGAGAUACUACCGGGAUUCGGUGGCGGAGGAGGCAGCUGACCUGGAUGGAGAAAUUGAUUUAUCCACGUGCUACGAUGUUACCGAGUACCCGGUUCAGCGAAACUACGGCUUCCAGAUCCAUACGAAGGAAGGGGAGUUCACCCUGUCCGCCAUGACAUCGGGCAUUCGCCGCAACUGGAUCCAGACCAUCAUGAAGCAUGUUCGCCCUACCACUGCUCCCGAUGUAACAAGCUCCCUGCCGGAAGAGAAAAGCAAAACAAGCUCUUCCUUCGAGACUGGUCCAAAGCCGAGCGAGAAGCCGGAUGCGGAGCAAGCUGAGCUGGACCCGGAGCAGAAGCGGAGCCGUGCCAGGGAGCGCCGGCGAGAAGGACGGUCCAAGACCUUUGACUGGGCUGAAUUUCGCCCCAUCCAGCAAGCCCUGGCGCAGGAGCGUGCAAACGCUGCAGACUCCUCCAAGAGCGGCUCUGCCGCCUUCCCCAGGGAUGCCAGUGCCACCGAUGCCGACCCGGGAGAGCUGGAGCGGGAGCGGGCCCGGCGGCGGGAAGAACGGCGCAAGCGCUUCGAGAUGAUCGAUGCCGUGGACGGGGCAGGGUCGGAAGAAGCACUGAGAAUGGAGGUGGACCGGAUCCUGCCCGUCCCGGCGGACAUCAAACCGCAGAACGUCCACGUGGAGAUCGAGCAGCGCUGGCACCAGGUGGAGACCACCCCGUUGCGGGAGGAGAAGCAGAUCCCCAUCGCGCCCCUGCACCUUGCCCACACCGAGGACCGGGAUGAGGGGCUGACAAAGCAGCACUUGACCACACUGCUGGAGAAGGAGCUGGAGCAGAAGCAGAAGGAGGCCCUAGAGCUCCUGGAGCAGAACCGGCACCUGCAGGACCAGCUGAAAGUGGCACUGGGCCGGGAGCAGAGCGCCCGGGAGGGCUACGUGUUGCAGACCGAGGUGGCCGCCUCGCCAUCAGGUGCCUGGCAGAGGCUCCACAAAGUCAACCAAGACCUCCAAAGUGAGCUGGAAGCCCAAUGCCAGCGUCAAGAGCUGAUCAAUCAGCAGAUUCAGUCGCUGAAGCGCAGCUACGCCGAGGCCAAGGACGUGAUCCGGCACCACGAAGCCGAGAUUCAGAGCCUGCAGGCGAGGCUCAGUAACGCGGCGGCCGAGCUCUCCAUCAAGGAGCAGACCCUGGCCAAGCUCAAGAGCGACCUGAGGAGCGAAAAAGAGAAAGCCAAAGAGCAGCUGGAGGAGUGGCAGCACGGCGAGGCCACGCUCAGCUCCCAGCUGAAGGCCAGCGAGCAGAAGCUGAAGAGCGCGGAGGCUCUGCUCCUGGAGAAGACCCAGGAGCUGCGGGACCUGGAGAUGCAGCAGGCUUUGCAGAGGGACCAUCAGAAAGAGGUGCAGCGGCUCCAAGACAGGAUCGCGGACCUGAGCAGGCAGCUGAAUGCUAGCGAGCAAACGCGGAUCCUCAUGGAGGAGAAGCUGCAGAAGAAUUACGAGGCUUUGCUGGAGAGCUGCGAGAGGGAGAAGCAGGUUUUAAUACGGAGUCUGAAGGAGGUGGAGGAUAAGGCCAACGAGUACGAGAACCAGCUGCAAAAUAGAGAGCAGCAAAUGGAGAUCCUACAGAAGGAGAAACUGAGUGCAAAGUUUGAAGGCAGCGAGCUUGUCCACCAGCUGGAGGAGCAGCUGGUGAUGAAGGAGGCCAGCAUCCAGAAACUCGCAGAGCACAUCAAGGAGCUCGAAAGAGAGAGAGAUCAGAUCAAAUGUCGGUUCCACGAGCUCAUGAAUCAGGUUGCCGAGUCAGACAAUGAAGUUGCAAAGCUGCAGGCGAAGUUGAAAAUGGAAGAGACCAACUAUCACAAUCUGGAGCAAUCAUUCGAGGAGGUGUCGGAUCAGUUCCAGGGCGUGCAGAAGGUGCUGAAAGAAAAAGAAGAAGAGCUGAGACACGUUAAGGAAAUGCACUUGAGAAUUGUGGAGAAGAAAGAUCAAGAUCUCAGUGAGGCUUUGGUUAAAAUGGUUGCUUUAGAUAGCAGUUUAGAGGAGACUAAAAUAAAGCUAAAGGCCAAGGAGGAGGCUUUAAAGAAAUUAGCUGGUGUCGGCACAAGUCCAAGUACUGAGGAGGCAGAAGACCAUGGCCCCAGUCUCGAGGCUGACGAAAGUCAUCCAUCCCAGCUGGGGCAGCCUCUGCAAACUCAGGAUGUCCUCCCAGCUCUGACUUGCGCACUGAAGGAGGAGGAGGAGGAGGAGGAGGUUCUUGAGACCAGCCAGAGGCAAGCGGAGGAAUUCGGCUCCCCAUCCAAAGCUGUAGAGCUCCAGGACCAAGAGCUGGUUCAGAAAGCCUUAGCAAAGCCUGAUGUAGGAAUCAUGGGGGCCAAGAGGCAAAGAAUCCGUUUCUCGAGCAUCCAGUGCCAAAAAUACAUCCAUCCGGACGGAUCAGAGAAAAACUGGACAAGCAGUACCUCUUCAGACACGAGCCAAGACAGAUCGCUGUCUGAAGAAAGCAUGUCAUCAGAGCCAGCUCUUGGUUACCCAUCAUCAGGAGCAAGCGACUCUGAGACCUAUCUCUCAAUCAUCCAUUCCCUGGAAACUAAACUUUAUAUUACAGAGGAAAAACUCAAAGAUGUAACGAUGAAGCUUGAAAGCCAGCACGGCCAUAAUCAGGAGACACUCAUCGCCCUCCACCAUCAAUGGGCCAGCACAGAGUCUCAGCUGCGGGAACAACUUCAGACCAGCUUAUCCCAAGUCAGUGCUUUGAUCUCACAGCUGGAGACUGAGAGGCAGGAAAAGUUCAAGCUCAUAGAAAAUCAUGUUAGCGAGCUGGGAGGUUUCCAAAUGAAAAAUGAUCAAGCGCUGACUUGCUUAGAGAAGUGCAGGGAGCAACUAAGAUCUUUGCCCAAAUCAGACAAAGAAAAAGAGGGUGAUUUGUUCCUUGUUACUCUGUCCAGCAUGGAAACAACCUUAUCAAACGCAAUCCAAGCCUUGAGAGGGACGCCAGUCCCCUCGGAGUAUCAGCAGAGUGAAAGCCUUAUCGUGGAAAGCCCCGCUCCAGAAGGAGGUUUUUUGGGAGAAGAGGAGCACGUCUCCAAGGAGCAGCGAGUGGAAAUGUUUGACGCCAGCCAGCUGAGAUGGCUUUCUGAGAGAGUGGCAUUUGAGGCCUCUCUCAUCAACCAAAUAGCGGAGUCUUUGAAAAAUGCAAGCUCUGAGAUAUCUCGGCUUCUGAGAGAGAUCCAGGGAACGGCUGAGGUGGUUUUGUUGGAGCCGGCAAAUGUUUCUCAUACAGCCAUUGAUUUGGCCAGCGUCCUAUCUAAGAAGCUGCUGCUGGAAGGGGAGUUCUGGAGCCAGGUGGAGGAGCUGAGAGUGCACUUGAGCACCAGAGAAGGAGAAGCCGAGGGCAAAACACAAACAACAGGUUUGGGCUUUUCUCCCUGUUCUCUCAGUGCUGUAGCAGACGCUACAUUGAUCAAGGCAGAACUUGGGUUUGUCGCACAGAAAAUGAGAGAAUCUUUUCAUCAGAGAUUAAAAACAAUCGAAGAAGACCUCCAUAAUACCAAAACAGCUCUCCAGCAGCAUAAAUGCAUGUUGGAGGAGAUCAUCAAAGCGUACAGGACUCCUGAUUUUGACAGAGUUAUGCACCAGAUUUCUGAAGCACUUGAAAUUCAAAAAGAUGCUUCAGAAAGAACCCAAACCUCCUGGGACGGGAGCUGUCUCCAAAUGGUGCCGUGUCAGGAAUUAGCCAAGGUGGAGGAGAUGGGCAGCCUGCCAGACCAUAGUAGUGAAGCUCUUGUUUCCAUUCAGGAAGAUCUUGCCCAACAACUAAAGGACAAAUCAAAUGUUCUGAAGGAGAUAUCUGUUGCCUUACUCUCUCUGCCUCCUGAGGAGGCAAUGAGAGACUGUCAGAAGCUCCUGAAGAUAUCUCAGAGUCUUUCAUAUCAUUCGUGCAUGGGAGACCUUGAACGGUAUUCUUCUUUGUUAGUCCACGAUGCAAUUGUUCAGGCUCAGGUUUGUUAUGCCGCUUGCAAAGUCCGACUGGAGUACGAGAGAGAGAUGAAGUCCUACAAGGAGUCCUUACAGAGCAUGGACGCGCUUUGCCAAGAGCGCGUGAAGACGGUCUCUCUCCUUCGGGACGAGUACGAAGACUUGCUUAGAAAGCAGCAGGGUGAGUAUGGCGAGGUGAUCGCCAUGCUUGAAAGGGAGAACGCCGAUCUCAAAGCAAAGGUGUCCCAGCUUGACAGUCAGCGAAGGCUCUUGGAGGAAGAAGAGCGUAAACACAGCAAGAGCUUGAGUGAAUUACAGGGACGGUACGAGGAGGAGAUUCGAAACGUGAUAGAGCAACUCAACAGGACAGAGGAUGCUCUGAAGGCCGAGAGGACGGAGGGCCUCAACCAGCUGGAUGCCAUUGUCCGUGACAAGCAGAACAUGGAGCGGUAUCACCUGGAGCAGAUGCAAAUGCUGGAGGACAAGUUCCAAGCCAAGAUCAAGGAGCUGCAGGUCAUCCAUGGCGAGGAGCUGCAGGCGCUGCAGGAGCACUACAGCCAGAACCUGCAGCGUCUGCAGGAGACCCUCGACGAGUACCAGAGGCAGCACCCGGAGGCGUCCCCCGCGGCGGGUCCGGGCGGUGGGGACGCCUGGGCGGACGGUGAGGCGGGUGGCACCGGGCAGGGCCCCGGCGAUGACCCGGACUCCAUGCACGGCCUGAGGGAACGCAUCCAGGAGCUGGAGGCCCAGAUGAACGUCAUGAGGGACGAGCUGGAGAACAAGCAUCUGGAGGGGAACGCGUCCACCUUGAGGGAAAAGUACCAGAAAGACUUUGAAAACUUAAAGGCAACAUGUGAAAGGGGCUUUGCAGCCAUGGAGGAGACACACCAGAAGAAGAUCGAGGACCUGCAGCGGCAGCACCAGCGGGAGCUGGAGAAGCUGCGGGAGGAGAAAGACCGCCUGCUGGCAGAAGAAACGGCUGCCACCAUUUCAGCCAUCGAAGCCAUGAAGAACGCGCACCGGGAAGAGUUGGAGCGAGAGCUGGAGAAGUCCCAGCGCUCCCAGAUCAGCAGCGUCAAUGCCGACAUCGAGGCCCUCCGAAGGCAAUACCUGGAGGAGCUGCAGUCGGUGCAGCGGGAGCUGGAGGUGCUUUCGGAGCAGUAUUCGCAGAAAUGUUUGGAGAACGCCCACCUGGCGCAGGCGCUGGAGGCUGAGAGGCAGGCCCUCCGCCAGUGCCAGCGGGAGAACCAGGAGCUCAACGCCCACAACCAGGAGCUGAAUAACCGCCUGGCUGCGGAGAUCACGCGAUUGCGGACCCUGCUGACCGGGGAGGGUGGGGGAGAGGCUGCUGGAUCGCCUCUCACGCAGGGCAAGGACGCCUAUGAGCUGGAGGUCCUGCUGCGGGUCAAAGAAUCAGAAAUCCAGUACCUGAAGCAGGAGAUCAGCUCCCUCAAAGACGAGCUGCAGACAGCACUGAGGGAUAAGAAAUACGCCAGCGACAAGUACAAAGACAUCUACACGGAGCUGAGCAUCGUGAAGGCCAAGGCAGACUGUGAUAUCAGCAGGUUGAAAGAGCAGCUGAAAGCAGCCACAGAAGCUCAGGGAGAGAAAUCCCCUGUGAACACCACUGUAUCAGGAUAUGAUAUUAUGAAAUCAAAAAGCAACCCUGAUUUCUUGAAGAAAGACAGAUCCAGUGUUAGCCGGCAACUAAGGAAUAUCAGGUCAAAGAGUCUGAAGGAAGGCCUGACUGUGCAAGAACGCCUGAAGCUUUUUGAAUCCAGGGACUUGAAGAAAGACUAGUUCUCCCCGCUCCGCUUGACCACGCGCACCUCCCAGCUUGAGGCAGCACAGCACCAGCACCGUUUGUCUCUCGUUCCUUACGACUGUCCUCGCUGUCGUUCGUCUUGACCCCCCCGCCGGGACCCGGCGCCGCGGUGGCGGUGCCCCCCGCCGCCCCCUCGCCUCCCCAGCUCCUUUCCCUGCUUGUGAGACGCUCCAGAGACUGAGAGGGAGAGGAAGGGAUCGGGGUGGGGGUUUUUUUCCCCCUCUCUUCAGCGCUUUGUAGGAGAAUCCUUCCUUUACUGUAAACCAUUACACUAAGUGUCAGUAUUAAGGCUCAGUAGCCUGUUAAUAAGCUAGCUCUGUCGUACCAACCGUUUUGGUAUGCAAGCAGGGCCUGGGUGGUAUCUGCCAUACCUAGCUCUCACUGCUGUCAAGAGACCCAGUGCUCAGAGCACACCAGGAGCCUAAUCUAACCAUUGAUCUCGAUUGCAUUACUUGCACCUACAAGGGGGGGAAAGCCUGGGGGAAGCUGUCGGGGAGCGCAAGUCCGUGCCGGCGUACGCAGCCUGGAGGUACAACACUGACAUCUCGCUGGAGAAGGAUGCAAGAAAUGAUUCUCGUGCCCCGUGACUGUGCCGUAUCCUGAAUGUAGGCAAUACCGAAGCCCAGCGAGCUUUGGUGGCUGCCCAGGUGGUUAUGGAUAGGGAGCUGCAGAUACUCACGUGCACCGUCGAGUCCGCCCCAUCGGCGUGUCUUUGCCUCCCGUCUCGCUGGUGGUCGGAGUCGGUGUUUCGGGGGCCGAGCUGUAAGAUCACUUUCUUGCCUCUGUUAGAUCAAGCCCAGCACUCUCUUUUUUUUGCUGUUACUCCCUUCCUCUCAUUGAGUCCCGUGUAUCCCAGGGUCUGUGCGCAUGUGAAACUCCCUUUUCCUAGUCAAAGGAAAGUAGAGUAGAAAGUAGAGCCAAUAUUGACUGAAAAUGCACAGUGCUCAAUGCAUAUAAUGCUCCUUUUUUAUCAGCUUCUUGAAUUCAACUCUUCUUGUCAGCAGGGCAGCUCCUAUUUUAAUUCUUUAAUCUUUUCCUGAAAUAAAAAUCUCAAAACCAGUAUGUGCUUCAGACCUUCUCAGUCCUAAUAGCUUUUGUAUUUAAAGCAUACAAUUUAGCACCGUGAAGCCGAUAAACAGAUACAAACUAAAAGUGAGUUGAGGGAGCUGGUAGCACUAGAUACAGCACACGGCCAGCCGAGCAGAGGCUGUCUUCCUAGAAGAAGCUUACGCUGCUUUGCAGCGGGGCUGCCCAGGCACGGUGGCUUCAUCCUGGGCUAAAUUUCAAGAUGCCACCUGUAAAGACCCCAGGUCCUGCCUCACCGAUCGCCCUGGCCGGGAGCAGGGCUGGAGCAGCGCUCUGUCAUGUUGGCUUCCCAGCCCCGUUCUCGCCGAGCGACCCGCAUCACAUCGGGCUGGGCUGUUCAAGAUACGCCCUGGCCUUCACGUGGAGCAAAGCUUUCUCUUGUCUUUCGGGCCCUUAACACGUGGUGGAAGCAGGCAGCUCUGUGUGCUUUCAUGGCUGAUUUGGGGUCCGUUAGGCGGGCGGUACAAGUGCAGCCGUCAAGAGCAAAUUCUGGCUGCAGGUCUGAAGCGGUGAGCACCGCGGGGCUGGUGACAGCCAUCUCCAAUCCUGCCAGGUUGGACCGCGGUGGCUGCCGGAGAGUUCGCCCUCAUCCUCCCGCUUGGAGCAGCAAGUCUCUUGUUUCAGCCACCAGACCCUCAGCAGGAGAUGGAGUCAUCUAACCAUGGCAUGAAUCGGGCUCUGGUCCAGCUUGUGUGGCCUUGCCAUGGCCAAGUGCUCGGCUUGACACCUCCCGGGGUACUCAUGGCAGCGCUCCGGUUGUGCCCAUAGGAGCCCCACUUGUCCCCAGCCAAGAUGCCGGGGCCGUCCGGUGGGCAGAGCAUGUAUGGGGAUGCUCUCCCACUGUGAUGCUCUGUAAUCAGGGUGUACAUGGAAGUCCUGGAGCUAGGAGCAGGGUAGGAAAGAUGCUCAACCACUUGGAUACGAAGGCUUUUCCCUCGUCAGCAGGCACGUGCCCUUUAAGAUGUUUUGAUGUGCAGCCACUUGCCUAAUCUGAGCUCACCAUCGCGCUUUCCAUAACCUGAGCGUUGGACGACCCAGGAGCCUUCCCAGCCGUGAUGCACCUGGACUGCCUCUCCGAUCAGCCAUUCCCGGGAAUCUCUGUGCUGCUCCUUGCGUUGUGUUUGCUUUCACCCAUCAGUCAGCAGCUGCCUUAGUCCUCCUCCCGUCCCACCGUGGAGGAACGUGGCCUGUGCACCCAAAUCAGCUUGCCAUCACCUUCUCGCCUGCAUGAUGGGAGUCCAAACUGGGGAGCCCCAAAGUGGAAAUGGGCACCUUAGGGCUGUUUUGGGGCUGUGGAAAUAACUGCACUCACCACGCUGAGCUAGCUAAUGGCCAUCUGAAGCAGACUGUUGAUGAUAAACCCAUGUAUGUCGGUAACACUUAGCAGUGGCUUUUUAGAGCCAUGGCAUGGGGUCCUGCUUCCCUUCCAGCUGAGGAGAUCCAGAUGCAGCUCUCCCUGGUUGUAGCACUUCCCAAAUUCAGCCUUCUCCAGGUCAAGUGUGCAUGCAGUGUACUUAGAAGGCCACUUUUGGAAGAAGAGGGUCCUUUCUCACUAGUCGUGUGCGGGAUUUCUCUCUUUCCCUGCCGGCAUCUUGCACUUGACUGAAGUGAGAGGUCUGGGUCUCUGGUAUAACCUCACAGUUGGGUGAAGGGUGCGUGUUCAGGUCCCCAUGCUCACCGCAGCUGGGAACGUGACACUUCAGUGGCAUCUACGAGCAGUUAAAGGCAGUCUUUAAGUUAAAGCAGGGACACCAACGCCUGCCAAGCAGGGUAGACUGCAGGACCAGCAGAGAUGUCAGUGCUGUGGCCCAGGUUCAUUUAAAUUCGGGCUAUUACUUGGGUGGGAAGGUGACUCCAUCCACUGUGUUUUGUAUAUUGUAUACGCCUUUCUGACCGUGUCAGGAGGUGGUCGCCUGGCCCAGGUGCCUGGCUUGGUCCCAUCCAAAGUCAUCUGUCCAGCUCUCAGCAGGGAUAACCUUUACACUUCAUCCCUGGCUGCUCCGGGUCCGUGCUGAGCUCUGCUCUCUAGCAGCUGUGAUCUCCUGGCAGAGACCUUGGGACACACCAUUAGGACGGCACGUAGGCCUUGUCAUUGUCAUUGCUCUUCCCUUACAAGAUGUCACUGGUUCCAGGAGGACACCCUCCUCCUCCUCUUCUCUCAAGACAUAUGGUAGGACUUUGUCCUUUUUAUUCAACUGAGCAGAACAUGCGCUGGUCUCCUUCUCACCAUGUGGACCCUGACCUUUCUUACGUCCCCUAGCAAAUCUUGCUUUUUCUUUGCAUACUUCAUUUGCUCAGGAGCACUUAUUUUAAGCGUGAGGACUAGAAGUUAUGUACCUUGCUACUUGCAUUGGCACACGGUGGUGUAGAGAACGCAAGACGGACCCUUUCUGAUACAGGAUCAUGCCACUGAGCAUCUUGAGGCUCCCCACAGAGGGAUGUUCUCUGCUGUACGCUUGCUCAUACCAAGAAAUCCUCUCUUGCAGCUUAGUGUCCUGCCUGGGACUAGGUAUUGAGCCUGACAAGUAAGAGCCCUUGAUUUCUUUGCCAGUGCUCCUGCUUCGAGCCUUGUUUUCUUAACAUAGAGAACAGCUGGGUAAGUGCAGGGCACACACAGAGUGAUCAGGUGGGGAUCAUCCCCAGUUUUUGACUCAGCAUGUGUAAACACAUUAAUAGGAUUUUUUUUUUAAAAAAGGAAUGAGGAUGGGCAGAAGGGCACUGCAGCGUGUUGGCAAAGGUGGCAGCACUUUGGUGGUGGAUAGUGCAGGAAGGCAGAAGAAGGUGCAAGAAAAAUGCAGUGGCACAGGGAGCCGUGCAAAGCAUAUGGGUACUGAAGACAAGGAGGGUUCAGAGAUGUGCUUUCUGCUUGUGCUUGAGCCCUAAAUUGCCCUGUGAAGAGAGGUUGUGGGGGGAGCAUUCUUAUUUAUACACAUCUAAAAUAUACUGAUGUUUAGUGUGUGUGUGGGAGUCACCCAAGAACACUUGGACAGCUCUUGCUCCUUUCCCAUAGACAUGCCCAUACACUAAGCAAGAGAUCAUAUAUAACGUCUGGGCCACUCGUGUCAAUUCUUCACCCGAGGCAACGCACACGGUGUUUUGCAUCUCUCCGGUGAGGCACUGCCAGGGAUCCAGCACCAGCUGGAAUGAAGCUGCAUUUUGUUCUCCUCUCUUUCCUCUAGUUUGCUUUUACCUUAUUGUACAGAAAACGUCAGUCCUCGCAUCACCCCUCCUCCCCUUUUACGGACUCCCUGAAACAGCUGUAGAAGGAUUUGAAUUGAGGUUUGCUAGGACUUCUGUAGGAACAGGAUCAGACCUGGGGCAUCAGCUGCUCAGAGGUUUGCUGUUGGGGAGCUUUUAUUUAAUACAUAUGGGCCAGCUUCUCUGGACCUUCAAAUAGCUGAGAAAAGCAAAACAGGCAGGUUUGCUGGGAAAAAAACCCUGGCACUAACUACAGGUAUAGCUGAAAUAAAAUGUGUUAGAUGGCAGGAGGACAGCCGCAGGGAAUACAGCAAUGCCUAACAAGCCUCAUCAAUUAAUCUUACUGCUGAAUUUCAUGGGUUUAAAAUACUUAUCGCUAACCAAAGGGGUGUUUUAUGAACAUGGUGGUGGUCUCGUAUGCUGUAGCUUGUAGGAGCAGCCAUCUUCCACUGGGGAGUUAGGCUCCUUGGAAAAUUAAAACAGAGAACCUGGCUCUGCUGUACAGAAGGUGCAUCAGGGGCUGAGCCGCGACUUCUUGGCAUCAUCAGGACCAACCUCACCCUUUGAGGCAGCACUUCAGCAGGUGGGAACGCUGUAUACGAUGUCUUACGGCGGUAGCUCUGUGUUCUGGUGGUCACAAAGAAGAGGAGGAGGAGGAAGAGGGAAGAUGCUGUGGUAUGCAGACAGCUGUUCGUAACUACUGCUGCAGGCUGUGCUCCAGGCUUUGGGUUCUGCUCUGCUUGUAUCUAAGCAAGAGGCAGUACAUUACCUGCCUUUACACUAAAGAAAGAGAGAGAACCUGCAGCACCAAUAAACAGCUGAAAACUGAAAUAUCUCUGCAGAGAACAGUACUUUGGGGGGGGGGGAGAAAGCCAGCUGGAAAGCCUUUUACUGAUAGCAAUGCUCCUUAGUUAUCCUAUUGCUUCUUCCUGCUCCAGGCUUCACCCAUCUUUCAACAUAAAUCACUGGCUAUUUAAAUUAGAAAGUGUGUGGAGAGGGAGGGAAAAAAUACAAGGAGGAGAGGGCAAGCUCCCUGCGUGCUCCGGAGGCUUUCGAAGUCCAGCUGCAUCGUCCUGCUGCCCAGCGCGGUAGCUUGGCAUGACCCUGGCCACGGGCUUCGCCUUUUGGUGUGGUCCUGGUGCCUGCUGUGCACAGCGGAGAGAGACCUUGUAGGUAUACUGCUUCAGGUGCUCGCCAGGGCACCGUAUAUACGCUGCGUGACACGUGAAAUGCAAGCUGCUGCGUUUUACACAGUUCGACACUAUUGAUAGUACUGAAAUGUGAGGUCUAGGAAAAGUCAAGUGCAAUGAAGGUGCAGACACAGACGCCUUCUAAUUGGCUCCAAGUAAUUUUUUGUUUUCCUGCGUAAAAAUUUUCGUACCAUUUGCACCGUUUCCUCCAAGUCCUUCUUUAAAUGUGACCUUUUCUUUGCUCACAUAUAAAAAAAAAGAAGCAAAUUGUGUUCAUUUGCUUCAAAACUAGAAUUGUGUGCUGACUUGCAAACCAGAAGUCUUUUUUUUUUUCUGUAACAGAGGUGGACUGGACUGCAUUAAUAGUGCUGCUCCCAGCAUUGUAAAAUCUCUCUUUUAUACCAACUCUAUACGUGAUUGCACUUCCACUAGACCUUUGCAUUUUUUUCAUGGUCGGAUGCAGUACUUCUUAGUUUGUUGUGAACACUUAAGCACAUGCACGCUUGGUGUAGCUUGCCUUUCCUCUGUAAUUUUUUUCCAUUUUUGUAGAAAAAAAAGCUUUGUUAUUCUUCUCUUUUAAAAAAAGUAAUUUAAAACCUGUAUAGUAUUCAAAGCACGCAAUGUAAAUAUUUAUUACUCAGAAAUUAGUGGAGGGUUCUCCUUUGUGACUAAGUUGUGGUUUUGAUUUUUAAAUCUUGUUCUAACACAGACGUCCCAUGCGCGGAUUGGGAGAAGAGCGCCGAGUGUAAUGUGUCCAACCCACUCCCUCUGCCCUGAUAAACUGUUUUGUUUGGUUUUGAUGACUGUUAUAAAUAUCUUUUCAAACCUUUUCUGCUGACCUGUACCUUUAGUUUUGAAGAUACCUGUCCAAAGAUUGUGUAUAGUCUGUUUGAGAACUGUAACCUUACUGCGCUAUAAACUUGGGGUUGGUUUUUUCCAUUCAGAGAACUCAGUAAUCUUGUAUUCGAUAGUGGCAUUAACACCAUGCACGUGCAAACUGUUGUUAUACAGCGCAGCAGCAGCUACUCGGUUGCAGUGAGCGCAGCGAGCCCCUGGGUCUGGGAGGCACUGGUGUAAUGCUGUAACUCGCUUGCACCGCACAUUCAAGAUGCUCUUGGACUUUACAAGAGACCGAGAGACCCCGCUGCACAGACACGCAUCCUACAGCAGCACGGACGUGUACUGUAACUUACGGUAUGUAAGUUUAAACAUAACUUUCAGUACAACGUAGUUACUACUGAGUUGUACUUAUGUGAUCCUGUGGCACAAACCAUUUCUUACAAGAGGAUGCAAAUGUACUGAUGCAGGAACAGGGAGCACCAGGCUGGAAACAAGGCAGGCAUCAGCCCUGCCUCAGUUUGAGACUACUAAAAGGAACCGAGGGUGUGGGAUUUACUAGCAGAAACCUGAUGAGCUGGACAAGUUGGUACCAACUGAACUAAGCCAGCUGGCCAUGAACUCGUAAAUAAUGAGUGCAAUUACAAGUAUUUUCUUCAUGCUUUCUUCACAUGCUGCCUGUGUGCAGGAUUGACAAGAACACUCACUCUUUGUUCUAAACUAGAGACAGCAAAGUACAUUGUAAAAUACUAAAGGCUAUGGUAAGUAGAAAGCAGAUAUGAAUGUGCAGUCUUUGAUCUGUGUCCACCCUCCUGGAGUUCUGGAUGACUUGGGAGAUUUUAAAGAAUCAUUUAUUUGAAAGGAUGAAGUUUUGGAGAGAGAGAAGGAAUCUCUGCAAGUCUGUGGGUAGUAUCUGAAAUGGCACUGGCCAUUCAGGUGCUAACGGUCAGUCUUCCUCCAUUGUCCUAACAAGAACAGAAAGCUUGCCUUAGUUCUGUCUGAGCACAUCUUUAACUGACAACUGACCCAUAACCGAAGAGUACUCGUUCUGCAUUAAAACCACGCACGCACCAUGUUCUUACCACGUGUACUCUGCCAACGACCCAAAGGAACUGUGAGUAAUGAGGAUCCAAGAGUAACUUCCCAGUUUCUGCGACGACGGAACGCAGCAGCCAGCCCUCCGCCUCCGACCUGUGGAUGUGGCCGAGGGGAAAAGCGGCGGUGGAGCAGGGAGAGCGGUACCCAGGCAGCACUGGGAUGCUGCAGCCUCACGGCUACUGGAAAUCCCUGCGGCUCAAACCCAGGAAUGGUCACAGCGGGACAGUGGGGUGGGAGGAGGAAGCACAGUUGUCCUCAAGCCCUGUCCAUCCAUAGGGCAGAACAGCCUCUUCUAAGAGGCAUUUUCCACACGGAUUAGUCCGGGAAAUAAUGUCUCGCGCGUGAUAUUUUCCCUCUGCAAAGGGGAAUGGGUGUUGGAGGCUCCAGUUUCUCCGUAUGUGUGAGUUCCUCUGUCCUUCCCUUCUCCCUUCCACUCCAGUUUGUUUCAAUGCUUUUUUAAGAGCCACUGUUCCCAAUCAAUCAACUGCUCACCGUAAUAGAAAUGUCACUUUUUCUCACAGUAUUUAUUCCUUACAAAAUCUCAUGUGACAUGCUAGGUUCCCAUGGAUGUAGCUGAUCAUUUUUAUUUUGUAAAUAUAAUUACCUAACUUUACAUUAACUAUAUCGUAAUAAACUAUUUUUGCACCACCCUUUG